AUGGAGUACUUUGACGAUAUAUAUGCAGCCCUUACUGAGACAGUUGCCGCUGCAGCCACCGUGGCUGAUCCCAUUGCAGCCAUGAGGUGGUUGUUGGAUGUGGAGGGGUGCUUCUUUACAUAUUCAUGUCCUACUGACCAGAAGGUCAGAUGUGCCCUGAACUGGCUGAGGUCUAGGGCAAAGGACUGGUGGAGAUUGAUGAGGGGGUCGUAUACGGAUGACCAGAGAGCUGCUGUUACUUGGGAGCAGUUCAGGGACAUGUUCCGUGAUCGCUACAUUCCGAGGGUCGAGCAUGAUCGGUUAUCUCAAGAGUUUUUGGAGCUGAGACAGGGUACUGAGACGGUGACAGAGGUCACUUGUAUGUUUACUGAGAGGGCAAUGUUUUGCCCGGAGUUUGCCUUAGAGCAUGCUCAGAUGACACGCUAUCUGAGCAUGCUCAAGACUGACAUCCGUCAGUUUGUUGCCACUCAGAGAUGCGAUACUCUACUGGAGUUACAGAAGGCUGCCAGGUGGCGUGAGUUAAACCAUGAGAUGCAGUUGAGGGAGCAGCGGCAGGCCCGGAACAGUCGCAGCCGGCGCCAAAGCGGUCCAAGACCGCUGAUACCAGGACUGGGGGACAGCCAGGCUGCACUUUUGGGAAGUGCGGAAAGGCUCAUUUAG